AUGAGAGUAUUGAAACCGAAAAAAUUAAAUUUUACAAAUGAAAAUAAAAAUCAUAAAGUUAUAAGAAGACAAGAUGACAAAAAUGAUUAUGUAGAUGAUAAAGAAGAUGAUAGUGUACAUGAAGAAAUUAAACAUAAUGAUAAUAUUGAAAAACCAGUUGAUAAAAAAUAUGAAGAGGGUGGUGGUGUUGAGCAUCAUAGUGGUCAACAUGAAGAAGAUGCUGAAAAAAAAGAUAAAGGCUACAAAAAUUGGCAUGAACAUGAUAAAGAAAAUCAUGAAGAAGAAAAACACUGGUCAGAACAUGAAAAAGGUGAAAAAGGUGAAAAAUCAUCACAUUUUGAAGAACAUGGUAAAUUUAGUAAAGGACACAGUACCAAGGGUCAUCAUGUAGUUCACAAAAAGGAUGAAUAUGAAAAAAAGACAGACUUUUAUGAUGAAUCAAAUGACGAAGAUGGUAGUGAAAAAGAGGCUGAAUAUUAUCAUGAAUUUGAAGAUGAAAAUGGUCACAAAAAAAAUAGCGGUCAUUAUGAUGGUGCCAGUCAUGAAGAAAAAUAUGGUAAAAAAGGUGAAUACAAAAAGGGUGAACAUUAUAAAGAUGAAAAAGAUCAUGAUAAUUCUGAUGGUCAAGAUGAGCAUCAUCAACAUAAAACAAAAUACCAAAAAAAAGGAUUCAAUAAAAAUGCUAAAGAAUGGUCGUAUGAUAGUAAAAAGAAAAUAUAA